ACACAAUCGCUCCCUCCGGGCGGCGCGCGCGCGCUCCUCAGGCCCGGGCAACCCGGAGGCUAGGGCCGCGAUGGUGUGGGUCGGGAGCCCGAGGUGGAGCUGACCCGGGGCCGGAGGGGCUGAGAAGAACCUGCCCGAGUCGCGGUCAAGCAGGACGCCCUUCCCCCCGGUUGGGAUUUGGGGUUCCUGCCCGCCGGUGUCCAGCCGUCAGGGUCACGCUACUCGCUGGAAGCCCUGAACUCUGUGCCCCCCAAGCCCCGGGCCCCCUGCGGGAAUGUUCAAAAAUGAGUAUCAGGGAGGUGCAUUUGUUGAAAUCUUUAGUGCUCAAGGAAAAAAUCCUGGAGCAAAAUGGAAGAUCCUUGGCAGUCCAUCUGUGAUUUGGAAAGAGUUUGAUAAAGAAGUUAAAAGUUUUGUGUUUGUUCUGGAAGGCAGCAGCCAAACAAACAAAAUUCAGUUACCAAAGGAGAAUAAGCAAAUCCUUGGACUGAUCCAGAGGUUUCUGGUACUUCAGAUUUAUGUACCCCUGGGACAAGACUUCUCCACUGAAUUGCUUGAACAAGAAAUUCUUCGAGGCCAUCCAUCACUCCAGGCAGCAGCUGAGCUAAACCUUCUAACUCACCGCUUCCAAAUUACUGAUUUAGGGAACAUCAAAAGAAGAUUGUAUUUAUCGACAGUUCAUAAAGAACUGUCUUCAACCCCUCUUCAUGCAAAAAUCCCACUCUUCAUGAUCAAGCGCAAAAUUUGGUGCAAUCUGUGCAUUGACUUGGUAGCAUUCACCAGUGAAAUUUUUAAAGGAGCAGCUUUUCAGUCAUUGGAUGGAAUUAUCGUCUCAGCUAACUGUAAGCUACGGAAGAUCUUCACCUUGAAAUCAAAGCCCCAAGACACUGCUGAUAAAGAUGCUCUGUAUGGCACUCCCUUUCCAACAGAUGAACCUACAGACAUUAUUCCACGAAGCUGCCAACUAACGACAGAUGUUCCUCAUGUCACACAGCUGCUAAACAUGACAAAACUCCGCCAAACUGAAAUAAAAUUUGGAGGUCAUCCUCUGAGAUCAGCAGAAUCAGAUCAGUUCAUUAACAGAGGAGCAGGUAAUGUACGGAACAGUAAAAAUCAAGAUAUUUGUCAUAUUGCCUUUGGAUCCAAAGUUCUUGGACCACCUCCACUCUCUGGAAGAAGGAAUAACAUGAGGAUAUCCAGCGAGACAGUAAGAUCUAUUGGAUCCAAAAAUAAUCGAUCAGGCCAGCAGUCCACCAUAGAGAAGUGUGUUAACAGUACAGAAAUGUCAGCCUUGCUGAUAUCUGAGUCUGAGGAGCAAGGAGACAAAGAAAAUAUUCGCCAAAUGAAGCAGACUGUCUCUGUUCAUGCCAAUCUGCAUAUGCUGCAUCCACGUCCCCCUCAAGAACCAUCAGCAGAUAAGAAUAAUAACAGAAGAAGAUUACGGUUAAAAAGCACCAGCAGAGAAAGGACGGAGAUACCCAGUGGCAAUACUUCAGGAAAUAACAGGAAUGAAGAUAAAACAACAAUUGACCUCACCACUAUAUCCCAGCAAGGAACAGAGACAUUGAUUCCCAGCACUGCAGGACCACAGACUCCUGAUCAAGCAGAUGAGUGGAUAUUUCCUGAAAAUGAUGAUCACACUCCCCAUUUGGCAUCCAGCAGACAGUCCCUACUUUUGGAUGAUGACUCCUGGGACAUGUCACACCUGUGGCCGGCUGCCAACCAGGACAGUGGACGUGACCAACAAGCAGAGACUGCCCAAAUUGUUCCAAAGGAUAUUUUCACUUUUUCAUCAAGACCACGAUCAGCACCCCAUGGAAAAACUCAGAGUAUGUCCCCAGAGGGGUGCCCAUUUAUUUUGGAUCUAAAAGAGGAUAACAGUGUGACAAGGAGAGACACCCAAUUGGAGGAUGAUUUUUAUGGCACUGACAGCAGCAAAGAGGGUGACUACAGUUUCCUGGAUUCUCCAGACCCAGCAACUAGUCCUUCAGGGUUAACUCAGUUAACUCUAGAGAGCUCACCGGGGAAGGAUACCAGGCAGACAAGUACAGGACAUCUAAAAAGUGCCUCCCCAGAAGCAGGAGCAUCAGAAAGCCAGAAUGCCUUGGUGAAGAAAAUAGAUCAAAAUGACUUCCAAACUGGUUUGUUGCCUACACCAUGUGUUUCUCCCCAUGGAAGAAGAACGUGUGGAUCCUCUCAGAAAACCCCAGAUCCCCUCAUCAAAGCCAAGGACCUACCAGCUCAUCAAAACAAAACCUCCUUAAUGGAAACCUCAGGGGAGGAGUCGAGAGCGAUCCCUGGAGAGUCUGAAUACGACUGGAGGAACUACCAGCCCAGCAAGAUGAGUGAAUCCGAGUUACAGAUGCUGGCGAGCCUGCGGCGCCAGCAAAACGAAGAACUGGAGGAGGCUGAGGCUUCCCAUGGCCUGAGCGCAUCCCAGGUUGACAACUGCAACGUCAGCAUCAGUACUAGCAGCGACGACACGACCACCUGGAACUCCUGCCUGCCACCCCCUGUCAACCAGGGUCGUCACUAUCAGAAAGAAAUGAAUCCACCUUCUCCUUCUAACCCCCGGGACUGGUUAAGUGUGCUGAGCCCACCAAUUGUUCCUCCAAGUCGACAGCCAGCUGAGCAGCAUCUGGAUUCCUCUGGGAGUUUGAGCGCUCAAGGUGAAGAAGACCUGAGUGUGGAAGAGGACGAGGAAGUGCUGACUCUGUUGUAUGACCCAUGUCUGAACUGUUAUUUUGACCCGCAGACUGGGAAAUACUACGAGUUGGUAUGAUCCCUCAGUCCAGCCCAGUCGGAGCAGGAUAGCAGUUCAGAGUCUGUUAAGGAAGCUCCACACCCUGUGUGUUGGGCAGGCCCAUGGACUUAAAAGUAACCGAAAGAAAUGAAUUCAUCUUAUAAAUAAUGUCCAACGUUAAAAAUUCCUACAUUCUUUCGGUAGAUGUGUGUGAUUUUGAAACUGUGAUAGAAAUUAAUAGAGAGACAAGUCUUUAGGACUUUGAAUUGGUUCUUAUUUGUUUGUUCUCACCCUCCAUUUAAUUUUAUGUCAUAUAAUUUUACAUAAACGAAUUAAGACUUAUUCAAAUUUUUUUGCAGUGUUAAUCUUUAAAUGAUGGCUUGAUAUACAGAAAAUGUAUUCUUGUUUAAAAGAUGUCUGGGUACUUAUUUUAUGAUAUAUUUGUAUUAAAAAAUAAAGUGUGAUGGUCAGAAGGA